GUGCAAGCCUGCAGAGUGUGCGGCGGCCUGUUGCAUGUGCGGGACGGGCACGUGCCGGUGGCCCGUGCGCGGGGCUCGCGUCUGCGGUAGGUCGCAUGUGCCGGGGGUGGUGCAGCCGGGUGCGCGCCUGUCGCUGGCGGGUGUUGCCGGCUGCCCGUGCGGGGCCCGACUCUCCGGAGCGUGCCGGCGGCUCCCGGGUGGCCCUGGUUGCUGCGGCAGCCGCCGGUUGCGACGCGAGCCACGGUUACCAUGACUCUGCCCCUCUCCGUCAAAGGGACUGGAGCAGGGAGCGUCCUGUGGGCGCAGCCCCAGCCCCGCCGCCUGCGCGCUGGGCGCGGUGCCUCUGCCCUGCUCAGCGCAGCUCAGGCUCCCUCCCGAGCCGCCGCGCUCGCUGCUCCUGCUGCCGCUGCCCGGCUCCUCCACGCCUGCCCGGCACCGCGGGGGAAGGACCCAGCCGGCCGGAGCCGCCACAGCACAAAUACUCUUGCUGGAGUGUCUAAGGGAUGUGAAGUUAGCUUCCAAAAUGACUCUUUUAACAGGAGAAAAUUCUGAUUAUGACUAUAGCGCCCUGAGCUGUGCUUCAGAUACCUCCUUCAACCACACGUUCUUUCCAGAAACAGAAACCCUCAAGGGAGUUUUUUACCAAAGAGCCAAGCUAAUUCACCCUGAAGAGGUUCUCUUUAAAAGCAUUCAACCUGAGGACCGGAAGCAUCAUAUCAUCAUAAAUGUAGGGGGCAUUAAAUACUUGCUGCCCUGGACCACACUUGAUGAGUUUCCCCUGACACGCUUGGGCCAACUGAAAUUUUGUAAUAAUUUUGAUGACAUUCUAAACAUUUGCGAUGAUUACGAUGUGACGUGCAAUGAAUUCUUUUUCGACCGCAACCCGGGAGCAUUUAGGACAAUCCUGACAUUUUUGCGGGUUGGGAAGCUUCGGCUCAUGCGAGAGAUGUGCGCUCUUUCUUUCCAAGAGGAGCUGCUCUACUGGGGCAUUGAGGAGGACAGUCUGGAAUGGUGCUGCAAGAGGAGGUAUCUGCAAAAAAUGGAGGAGUUUACAGAAAUGAACGAAAGGGAGGACGACCUCAUAGAGAAUGAAAACCCAGGUGAAACAGUGGAAGAGACAAGAGCCAACCUGUGCAUGAAAAAGUUACAAGACAUGGUGGAGAGGCCUCAGUCGGGGCUUCCUGGGAAAGUAUUUGCAUGUUUGUCUGUAUUGUUUGUGACCAUUACUGCAGUGAACCUAUCCAUCAGCACCAUGCCCGACUUAAGAGAGGAGGAGGAGAGAGGUGAAUGCUCCCAGAUGUGCUACAAUGUUUUCAUCGUGGAAUCUGUCUGUGUGGCAUGGUUUUCCUUGGAAUUCCUGUUGAGAUUCAUUCAGGCAAAGAGCAAGUUUGUAUUUCUGAGGAGACCAUUAACCCUGAUUGACAUUAUUGCCAUUCUGCCCUAUUAUAUCACUUUACUAGUAGAUACCACUUCGGUGGGCUUUAAAAAGCCAACCUCUGGCAACAUCUAUCUGGACAAAGUAGGUCUGGUGCUCCGCAUACUCCGUGCCUUGAGGAUUCUAUAUGUCAUGCGGCUGGCCAGGCACUCUCUCGGCCUGCAGACUUUAGGACUCACCGCUCGCAGGUGUACCCGGGAGUUUGGACUCUUGCUGCUCUUCCUCUGUGUGGCCAUUGCACUUUUUGCGCCGCUCUUGUAUGUCAUUGAGAAUGAGAUGGCAGACUCACAGGAGUUUACCAGCAUCCCUGCGUGCUACUGGUGGGCAGUAAUCACCAUGACAACAGUAGGCUAUGGUGACAUGGUUCCCAGAAGCAUUCCAGGCCAGGUGGUGGCUUUAAGCAGCAUUCUGAGUGGCAUUCUCCUCAUGGCAUUUCCAGUCACCUCCAUCUUCCACACGUUUUCACGCUCCUACAUUGAGCUGAAGCAAGAGCAGGAAAGACUCAUGUUCAGGAAAGCACAAUUCUUAUUAAAAACUAAGUCUCAGCUAAGUAAUGAAUCACAAAGGAGUGACAUUUUAUUUCCCAGUAUCUCUUCUGAGACUAGGGACAACAACUGAAAUUUAAGUUGCCAUAAUUGUCUGAUAUUGGGCAAAGUUAUGCAGUCAGAGAUCCCAUCUUACCAUUUGCUUUGGAAGCAUUUAAAGAAAUCUUUAUACAAAUAGCAAGAAAAGGGGUUUUAGCCAUCAAGCUGAUGUGGUUUUAAAAGCCUAUUAUUAAAGGCUUUUUCUUUUCUUUUCAACAAAAUAUACAGUUAAGACAGUUUUUCUCCAUGAGAUCAUGCAGUGGGAUAUUAGGAAUUUGAGUUCUCUGACUGAAAUGAGAACAAUGUAAAAUACAUACUUGACACAGGCUGUGUUGUAUUUGUAAUAUAAAGUGAUGUACCAUUUUCCAACCAAGACAUUAUGUAGGUAUUAAUUUUGAUAAUUAAAUAAGUUCUUCUUUAUUUUCUUCAUGUAUAUAAAUACUAUAAAGAUAACAAGUUCAAGUCUAAAUUCAUCCCCGGUGUACCUCCAUUGACUGUAGUAGAAGUAACCAAGUAUGUAAAUUACCCAUUGUGCCCUUGGAGAUGAUUAAACCAGGUGUGUGUCAUUUAGGGCAGGCAAACAUAGUAUUUUCCUUGUGCGCCUUUCCUGAAAAUAACAAUAACAAUGAAGAGGAGCUAUUGGUUUCUGCGUGCUUUGGGACAGGCAUGUGCUGAAGAUGUAAUUACUUAUAGCUCAGCAGCUUCAAAACUUAAAUGGGCUUAUACUGUAGCUCUGAUAUAAUUCAACAAAAUAUUCCCAGUAAUGGGUGAGAGGGUCUUGCGUUUUGUGACAUCCAGUACAGAUGACAAGGAGGUAGCUAGCUGCAAAUUAAACCGAACGUGCAUGAUAACAUCAUAGUAAUGAUGUCUGUUUCAAUGUUAUCCCUUUAAACCAGAUAGAAAACAGAAAAAGACUCUGUUUCUAGAUGAAGCUGCAGCAUUACUAAUCAGGUUGAUUCUGGUGCUGUGCGUUGACUGUAUGGCAUCUGGCUUCUUUUAAAAAAAAAAAAGCAAGGAGUAUUACAACAAGUUGCCAGUGAUGUAAAAAGGAAAUAAUACCAAUUGAGUCAUGGGAGACUAAGUCAGUCUCCAGUGACUCAAGACUAUAAGGUGGAAAGCCUUCAGCUAAUUAGCUCUUCCUUCACUGUUACCGCAGGCAUCAUAGCACUGAAGAAAAAUUAUUUUGGGAAACUUAAAGACAACUAAAGAAGCGCGAUCCUGCAUCUUUUACUUUACUAGUCCAAAAACAAGUUGUUCUCUUGAAGUCAAUGGGACCACAUGGGUGAAUAAGGCUUUCAGGAUUGGGUCCUGAUCUGGCUCCCCCAGAAGUCAAUGACAAACCUCCCAUUCAUUUCAAUCAGAGCAGGUUUGGGCUAUAUGACAGCUCAAGAGACAAAGUCCAGAACUUUAACAAAGAAAUCAAAUUGGUUGAUUUGUCUCUUAGAGAGAGUGUAUUAUGUUGAAAAUCUUAACUUUAGGUGAAGUUUCCCAGUUUAAAAGAACAAUGUCAAUUUCCUGUUCAUUAACUGUCAUGAGCCAAGAAAUGAAAGUUCCCAGCAUCUCUGCCAUCUCACCUUAAACCUAUUUUUCGGAAUCCCUGUUCUGGUCUCUGAUCUCUCUCAAACAGGGACUUUCAAUCGUGUUAAACUGUAUGAUGGUUUUGUGAUUUAUAUCAAAGAGGUUGGGGAUGAAAUGCAAAACUCAUCUUCACUUGAAUUUUUGUCUGUGAAAGGUGAAACCUAGUGUAUCGGUCUACAAUGAAUGGCCAAGUCUCCAUGUUACAGUGACUUGGCUUAAGUUAUAAAUAAUAAUAAAAUAAUAUUAGAUGUAUACAAUUAUCAUAAUAGACAUCUUAUGUUUUCCUACUAAGAAAUAAUAGUUCAAACCUCCUUACCACUUUUUAACCAGAGUUCUCAGAGCACUGUACAAACAUUAAUGAAUGAAGCUUCACAAAAUUGCUGUGAUACAGGUAAAUAUUCCAAUGAAACUGAGACAUGAUGAGUCAAAUGAGUAGCCCAAGGUCACAGCAAUUGUGUGACCUAGAAGAAGUGGGUUAUAGUCCUAGCUGACCCCCAUUCUUGUGCUUUAAUUAGAGUUGAAAAAACCAGGGACUAUUUUUUCAUGAAAAAAUAGUCCCUUCUCCAUCAAAAAAAUUCCAGAUGUUUUGACCAGCUGUAACUUUAACCACAACACAAGCACUCGAGGUCUUUAUUCCUUUGUAUUAGCAUCCAUUAUAAAAGGAUUUGGUAAUGGGACUAUUUGAAAGAGUAAAAUUACUUGUAUGUGUUUGCAGGACUGGGUCCUAAAGGAGAAGCUGUAUGUCAAAAUAAACAUGAAUCAAGAGAUUAUGGGCCACAUCCUCUGCUGAGCUCCAUGCUAUGCCAGUUUACACCAGCUGAGGAUUUGGCCUAAUUUCAUCAAUUUAUGUUUAAAUCAGCGUUAAGUACGUGUAUUUCAGAUAUUGUUUUUUCUGUUGCAAAAUUAUGGCCAGAUCCUGAAGUCAUGACUUGAGUCAAAUCCUUAAGGGUGGGUACUAAGCACCAAGCCGGAGGGGGAUUUGCCUGAGUCAGAAACAAGUAAGGAUUUCAGGAUGUAGCCCAUUGUAAUUUUGCACUUGGCAACAAAUAACUUGUAAGAGAAUCAACAUGUUGUACUAUGAAUCAUUGUAACAAAUUGCUUAUGUUUUACAGCAAAGUGAUACAUACUGUAGUUCUUAUGCUAAAUUAAUACAGCUAUAUGUCUUAGGAAUACAACAUUAGCAUGAAUCCCACAUGCUGAGUUCCAGUUUCUACUGUGAAGCCUGAAGAUUUUAAAUUAUUAUAACUCUUUACAGUGUAUUAUCUCAAUUUGUAGACAAAUUUAUGAAAUUGUAGAUUGAUUCAAAAGCUGACUCUGAAAUGUUUGCAGCCACACAGCUGACAGCUACUGAGUCUGAUAGCUUUCCUUUCUUGCUUUUUAACAGCAUGUGAAGUUAACAAAAAGUUCCUUUAAAAACACUCUGUGCUUUCAUGAAGUACAAAGGAAUUGUUUAAAUUGCCACUGAUAAAAAGUGGUACUUGUCAAAUAUCCUACUAGAGCUGGAUUCGCUUUGCUAUUUGUAUUAUCCUGUAUAUACAGCAAUAGUAUGUAUAUUUUCAAAUUGAAUGGUGGUAGCUAUAUUAGUUUUGAUGAAUAAAGAGUUGGGCUUUCUUUAUAUUUUCAUGUGCUUGCUUAUAAUGCAGGCUGGCUACCACGAGCAGCUGAAGUGUCAUCAGUGGAGCAAGAAGAUGAUGCAAUAGUGGAGUAAAUCUCAGAGCAGAUGAAGACUUUCAUUCACCUUUAUCCUCUGUUGGUGACACAUUCCUCAUGCCUGGAAGGGAGGGAUGGAAGAGGGUGCAAAGAAAGCAAAAGUGGGAGAACUUACAUGGCUGAUUGACAUUCUGAGGUCCCACGUAGGAAGUAACUACCAGUUGGGAGAGAGGAUUUAGGCAAUGAACAUCACUAGCUGAAGCAGGUUGGCUACAGAAGAGAGCAUUAGUCAGGAGUCAAAAUCUCUCUAUCUGCCUAUGUACUUCUAGUGCACCCUUAGGCUCUAAGUGCUAAUUCAACAGCUUGAGUACAGGAACCCUCUCUCUCAUGUGUUUCUGAGAGCCAGAAACUUACGCAUUCCCCCUGCCCGUCAGAACAUAACUUUAAAAUUGUUUGUAAAACUAAGUAAGAAUGAGAAGAGAAGAAAUCAGGGACAGGAAUUGAAGGAAUGAAUAGGAAACAGAUGGGGAGUUCAAGUGAAGAGAAGAAUCCCCUCAGAGACCUGCAUUUCCAGUUAGGAUGACAACUCAUUAAAUUACACUCCUGAAAAUCUCUUCUUUUUUCCCACUUUUCUCAAAAGUGGCAAAAAAUAAAAUUCAGCAGAUCAGUGUAAUAUAUAUUAAAAAUCAUUUAAACACAUUUCUAUAGCAAAAAAAUAGAGAUACAGUGAGUUUCUCCUUGAUUUUCCCUCACUGAACAUCAUUUGAUGUGGAUCGUUGACUGCAGUGGCAGUCUGCACACUGCCAUGCAUUUGGAAGAAUGGGAGACUUGCAUUAUACUUCCCUUACUAGAGGUUUACUCAAUGCCACUUCACCAUGAACCAUGUCCUGCAAUUCUUACCCAGGGAAAUCUCCCUUUGUGGCAGAUGUAGGAAUUGGGUCCCACUGUAACAUCAUUCCAUUGUACUCUCAGUCUUUCCUAUAUGAAUAUUCAAUGCCUUUGGCUAUGUCCUAUUAAACAAAAACCUUUUGUGCAGGGCUGAGUCAUGGAUUCAUGCAUCAUCUAAUACACGUGUCUGAGAAGGAAAACUGGCACGUCCUGCACAUUCAUGAUGUGUGGGCAGAGUUUAGCUGAGUGUUCAGAUUGAUGUAAAACUAAAAAUUGCUGUGGUGGAACAGUACCUCCUUUCCACUGCUCUUCUUGUCUCUUGAUAAGAGUUAGUCUUUACAGGAUACUUCAGUAAAAAUACCCUAUCAUAGGUGAGGUACUAACCCUUGGACAACAGUUUAAGUCUUCAGUUGUACAGUACCACCAGUUCCAUCCCUCAUCCCCCAUUCAAUUGCUUACUGAACAUCCUGUUCAUUACAUAGUGCCCAUUAAAUCCAGAUGUAGUGCCCAGAAAGGAGCUGGCCUCUAUCAACUCAGAGCAACUAAAUAACACAGUAGCAGAUAACAGAUACUAAGAGAUUCAGGACUGACCACUGAUUAACUAUACCCUAUAUUAUAGGAGAGAAUUUUAAAAAAAAAAGUUAAUGAGUUAAAAAACAAAGAAACUGAUAAAUAUUUCUGAUAAAGCUAAGAAACACCAAAUCCCACUCACAGAUUUGCCAGUAGAAGUUAGCACAGCAGAACAGACUGAAAACUGGACAGCAUACUCCCAAAUCUGUGCAGAUUGAAAUGAACAUAUUCAAUCAAAAAUGAAAUUUAAAGAGUGUCAAAUACAAAUUAGAAGAUGGGAGGAGGAAUCUCUGAGAACAGAUCAGCCAAUGGUAUUAACUAGAACCUGAACUGUUUACUCUAGGGUCGUGGAAGGGACUGUCCACAUGGUCAUUUUAAUUUACACCUUGUUAGCCAACACAUACAUGUUAGGCGUAGGGCAUACCAGAUUAACACUGUAUUAUACCCAGCAUGUGGGCAGUUAUGUUAACCAAUUUGUAUUACAUCUUUCCCACAAUGUUUUCCACUGCUCACUUAUGUCAAGAUAUAUAUCCCACCAUACUCUGCAAAGCUAAAUGUAGCUUUUGCCAUUAGCAAAUAUAAAGGCUGUCAAAGGCAAGAUACAUUCAUUCUAUGUCCUUGUCCUGGUAACUUCAUGGGCAACUGGUUUAAAAUGUAGUAUCCAAAAGAGAGAUAAGGGAAGGUACAGAACCACAAGGAACUUGGCAAACUGGUGGGUUGGAUCUCAGCUGACACAAAGUGCAUUCUAACUUGCAAGCAACAGUAGUUUGGGGGUAUAUUUUGAAGACCACCUACUGUGUAAGGUGAAAAUGCUGUGAAAUAAACAUUUCUUCCCAAAAGGAGAGGUAUGUAUGUCUGUUUCAUAUUGUACUUUGUCUUAAACAAUAAACUUUGGCUAAGCUUUUUUAUUUGGUGUUCUGAACAUUUUUAAUAAUGAACUAUAAAUGUAGUCAAUCAAUCAAUCAAUCAGCUAUACUAUUAAUCAGCAGCAUGGAACUGACUGAAUUAACAGAUGUCCCAGCUGCUGCAUUUUAACAGUCCUUUUCAAUUGCUUAUCCCAUGGAGGAUUUUGCAGGGCUGCAGCAUCCAGUUAUCCCAGAGAUGAAUUAGGCCUCGUGUCUCAGAAAUACAAACCAUCAGUGUUUAAAACUAGGAUGUAGAGUGUAUUAUGGAACAGUGAGUUUGAAGUCUCCAACAGAGAUGUCAUGAGAUCACAAAGGGUCUGGCUACUCUGCAAUUAAAAACCCACAGCUGGUCCGUGCCAGCUGACUUGCGCUAAGGUGCUCCGGCUAAGGGGCUGUUUAAUUGCGGUUUAGACUUUUGGGCUCAGGCUGCAGCCUGGACUCUAGGACUCUGCAAGGUGGGAGCAUCCCAGAGCUUGGGAUGCAGCCUAAGCCCCAACAUCUACACCACAAUUAAAACAUCUUGAGUCAGCUGGCAUGUACCAGCUGCAGGUGUGUAAUUGCAGUGUAGACAUACCCAAAGAGAGCCAUUCCCAGAGAUCAGGUAGUGUCACAGGGCAUGAAACUGGAAUCAUGUUUUAUAAAUCCUGCCCUACACUGGGAAAAAAUCCUGUAAGGGCAUAUUUCUAUACUAAUGCUUAAAAUGCCUAACGCUAGACCCACCAGCUCAUUUACUUAUCAUUGUUCCUUCAUUGCCUUCUGAGAUGCUAUGGUAAUGAGCAGUCUGAAAACCAGGAGUGCAACAGAGACUAGAUGAGAUCCUUCUAAAACUCUGCCUAGUUCACUGCAGCAUGCAGGCUCUGUGCAUGUUCUGUAUUGACUUGUACUGUUACUGUCCCUUUGAGACAAUAUUGGUUAUCUGUUUGGCACUGACCCACCAGUGUACGCAAGUUUAACCAUUAUCAGUAAAGUUAAUGGGCAUUUUGUCUGUGUAUUGAUUAAAGAAGGAGUUCAGAAUCUGACCCAAAAUAAUUAAUAAAAUUACAACUUCCUACU